GCAUCUUAAAAAAAAAAAAUCUUCAUCUUUCUAGCCCUCUGGACUUUCUUUUUUUUGCCUCCUUGGAACGAUGGACAACACUGACUAUCCGAGACAGUGAUUUUGCACAUAAAGUCUCUCGCUGCCUGCUGCUCUGCUCGGCUGGCUGGCUGGCUGCUGCUGGCGGUGCCAUGCCGCCGGUGUAGUGCGCGUCUGGACGCAGUUGAGGAUGCAGGGGGAUAUACAACAGGAAUAUAUGACAAGUGGAGGGGGAAUGUGCGGGAAUCUCCCUUUUUCACCUCAGUUAAAGAUGUAGUCGUUGUAAUUGGUGCACAGGCUCGGGGGACCCAUUGCUUUCCUCGUAGGAUCUCUGUUCAGUCGGAGCGAGUGCUCGCAGAGCUUUUGGCGGAUAUCUUUUCCAGCCCGCGGACUGCACGCGCUCCGGUGCCGAGAAGGUUUUUCAUGCCUAAAUGACUGAAAUGUCUCAAAGUCAGUGUGCUGCCUUGGUUGGUGAAGACCAGCCCCUCUGUCCAGACCUCCCUGAACUUGACCUCUCAGAGCUGGAUGUCAGUGACUUAGAUGCAGACAGUUUCCUGGGUGGCCUCAAAUGGUACAGUGACCAAUCAGAGAUCAUUUCCGCUCAGUAUGGCAACGAGGCAUCCAAUAUUUUUGAGAAGAUAGAUGAAGAAAAUGAGGCCAACUUGCUGGCAGUGCUUACAGAGACCCUGGACAGCAUCCCGGUGGAUGAGGACGGAUUGCCUUCGUUUGAGGCCCUGGCAGAUGGGGACGUGACCAAUGCCAGUGACCGGAGCUGUCCCUCCUCCCCUGACGGCUCGCCGCGUACCCCAGAGCCUGAGGAGCCUUCCCUGCUGAAGAAGCUCCUUCUGGCACCCGCAAACUCCCAGCUCAGCUAUAAUCAAUACACAGGUGGCAAGGCACAGAACCAUGCAGCCAGCAGCAACCACCGGAUCAGACCACCACCUGCCGUCGUCAAGACGGAGAGCCCCUGGAAUGGCAAAGCAAGAGGGGGCUCCAGCCAACAGAACCGCCCGGUGAGGCGGCCUUGCACUGAGCUGCUGAAAUACCUAACGGCCACUGAUGACAUCCUGCUCCACACCAAAGCCAGUGAAGCCAAGAGCACCUGGGGGGGUGCCAGUAGCAGAGAAAAGGGUGGCUUGGGUCUUGGCGCGUCUUCCUCCUCCUCUUCGCCAUCCUCGUCAUCCACCUCCUCGUUCUCCUCCCUCUCCUCCACCUCUUCUUCCUCAUCCUCCACCACCUCCAAGAAGAAGUCAGCUGUACCAUCUCAACAACUACAGCAGCAAGCCAGCGCACAGCAGCAGCAGCAGCAGCAGCAGCAGCAGCAGCCGCCGCAGCAGCAUCACCAGCGAGGUGAGAGCCGGGCUGCAGGCGAGUGUAGUGUGGCUGGUGUUGGGGCUGGGAAGUGGCAGCGUUGCAGUCACGAUGACGGGGUUGAGGAGUCGGAGGGUGCUUCUAUCCCUGUCGGCCACAGAACCUCCACCUGCGGCCAUGCCCGCCCCAAACUGGAGCACGGGCCGCCCAGUGAAGAAGGAAGGCCGCCAGGCGAUGUGGGCCGCCUGGCCGCCGCUAGGUUUAUUAGGUAUAUGCAUUCUUAUUCCCUCCCUCCCCGAGAGGUGAGUCACAGCUGUGAGCAUUGCCGAGAGGCUGCGGGCGCCACUCAGGCUAGUGAGGGCUUUGGCAGGCAAGGCCGUGGUAACAGUAAUGGUGCCAGCCGUGCACCACGUAGGCACAUCACAGUGACUAUUAGGAAAAGAGAUGAGAAGCCGGGGCACCCCUUACUUAGCCAGCUGCUCACCUCCAAAAAGAGGCCUGCUCGAUAUAGAGCCCACUUACUCCCACCUAAGAUCACCCCUUUACCCAGCACUCUGAGCAAAUCAGCAGGUAAAAGGUCUAAGAGCCCAGCCCAGACUGUCUCAAAGGUGGAGGAGAAAAAGUUGGGAGGGACCACUGAUUGUAGAAACCGGGCUGUAAGUCAGGUUGAAGAGCCUGACUCAGGGUCCCUGUUGUCACCUCUGGCCUUAGACCUAGAGAGCUGGGUUAGCCAGCCAGGGCUAGACACAGGCUUUGGACUAGAGCUGGGGUGGCUAAUCCAUGGGGAGGAUGUUGACCAUGAUGAUGAUGAAGGUGUUGAUGAUGAUGAUGAUGAUGACCAUGUCACGGGCAGCCCUGCAGCGGUGCUCUCACAGGGCCCACCAAGCCCACUCUUCCCAGAUACUAGAAUUGCAGAGCCCGCCCCUCCCUGCAUCAUACAAGGGCAAGGGCACCCACACAGGCAGGCACUCAGCGAGCACCCCGACGACCAGGGCCACCCGUUGUUAGCCAAACCAACCACCUUGCCACUUCCUUUGACCCCAGAGUCUCCAAAUGACCACAAGGGAUCACCGUUUGAGAACAAAACCAUUGAACGCACAUUAAGUGUGGAAAUUGCUGGAACCCCAGGUCUGACACCACCCACCACGCCCCCACACAAAGCCAGUCAAGAGAAUCCUUUCAAAGCAUCGCUCAAAACCAAGUUGUCUUCAUGUUCCUCCUCAGCCUUGGCAUGCAAAAGAGCCAGGCUGAGCGAGUUGGGCCCCGGCGCUCUGGCCCCGGCCCCAGGUGCCUCAGGCGGGGGCCCCACAAGGAAGGGUCCCGAACAGACUGAGCUUUAUGCCCAGCUGAGCAAAGCGUCCACCGCCCUCCCUUACUCUGUCACCCAACACACAGUGGGGGGUGGCCUUGAGGAGCAUCGCAGCACUAGCAACAAUAAGCGAGCGGCGCCCCGCUGCUACAGUGAUCAUGACUAUUGCCAAGCGUCAGCUAGCACUAAGAAGGACGGCGGCACAGCCACUGUUACCAUGACUACAGUCACCUCAGGUGCCACUGUUACUCCCAUGCCAAUUGCAGGCAAAGUGGAGGACAGGCAUGUCGAAUGUAAGGACUCAGCCAUGCCACCGUCCUCUUCAUCAUCAUCAUCAUCAUCUUGUUCUCCAUUAUCAGCUUCAUCUGGUCCUUUGGUUAAGCAGCAGAAUUUUGCCUCUGUGGAUGGAGAAGCAGCCCGGGUCCAGGGUUUAGGGAAGCAGACCCUUACACAAACCCUCCAGAUCCCAUCACAAGAGGCCACUACUGACGGGGACCAACAGCACUCUUCUGCCAUCAGCCGGAAGCUCCUGUGCGACAAGGAAAUCAGAGCAGAACUCAAUAAGCACUUUGGUCAUCCCUUACAUGCCCUUCAUAGCCAGGGUGGCCAGAAGAGAGAACCAGGCAGCAAACCGAAUAAGGCUACAGCCCCUCAGUCUCUUGAGGAAGGAGAGGAUGGUAACUGCUCCCAAAGGCUGCCAGGCUCCAGCUACCUGCACCCAGGGUUCCUGCCCUUCCACGAAGAGCUAGAGCUGGGUGAGGGCCGUGAGAGUCGCUUCCUCUAUCCAUGGGAGGGCACCCCUCUGGACCUACUCUUUGACUGCCCCCCCUGCUCUCCCUCCUGUUCCCCACCAUCCAGCUGCUCCCCUUCACGAGGCUCCGUCUCCCCACCUUCCUCUCUCCUCCUCUCGCCCAGCAGGCCUUUCUGCUGGACCAGCAGCAGCUCCCGCUCCCGUUCUCGUUCCCAUUCUGGCUCCCGCAGCUCCUCCUCACACCACCGGAGGCGCUCCCUCUCCAGUUCACCUGACAGACGCCCCUCCUCCUGGUCUCGUCACAAUACAGAUUCAAGCACUUUUCGUUCCAGGACUCACAAGAGCCCCCACCCUCAGUCUCGAUCUCCUCUCAGCCGCAGGCCAAGGUAUGACAGCUAUGAGGAGUACCAGCACGAGAGGCUGAAGAGGGAGGAGUACCGCCGGGACUACGAGAAGCUGGAGUUUGAAAGGGCCGAGCAGAGAGAAAGGCAAAGGCAAAAAGCAAUAGAGGAGAGACGGGUGGUGUACGUGGGGCGACUGAGGUCCGACUGCACCCGGACGGAGUUGAAGCGUCGCUUUGAAGUCUUUGGCGAAAUUGAAGAAUGUGCAGUGAACUUGAGGGACGAUGGGGACAAUUUUGGCUUCAUCACGUACCGCUACACUUGUGACGCCUUUGCCGCCCUUGAGAACGGACACACCUUACGCAGGUCAAACGAGCCUCAGUUCGAGCUGUGCUUUGGCGGGCAAAAGCAGUUCUGCAAAUCACAUUACACAGAUUUGGACUCCCAUUCGGACGACUUUGAUCCAGCCUCCACAAAAAGCAAGUAUGACUCCAUGGAUUUUGACAGCUUGCUGAGGGAGGCCCAGCGCAGCCUGAGAAGGUAACCAGUUCAGUGGCACCUGCUGUCUGUCACAAAGAGGGACUUCUGAUACCUCACUGUUGUUUCUCGCUCCUUUGACGACGAGACUACCAGAAGUUUUACACUCUAUGUCAUAGAGUAUAUAAGAAUAAGUCUAUAGACCUAUAUCAAUAUAAAUGAAUAUAUCAAAAAUAAAGUUUACAUGAACAUAGCUGCUGAAGAGCUGGAAAGAGACAAUGCAUUCUGGGAAAGCCAGUGAACCCUCAGAACCUGGUGCACAGGUUUGGUGCACUCUACUGCUGUACAACCAUCAGUAAAAGAAGAAAAGAAAAACUUUCAUGAUUAUUUUUCUCCAAGCACUACAAUGCCCACAAUUCUUUGGGAGUGAAAACAUGCAGCUUGUUCAACCAGAUUUGUUUUCUUUUGCUGUUGACUUUUCUUUCUUUUAUUCUUUUAAAUCUGGUGUUUGGAUCUAGUGUUACAAGCAAGAGUAUAGGGAAUUGUAUCUUGGAGGUAAAAUUCUCAAGGUAACAUUGUUGUCUACAUUUUAAGGAGAAAUGUAGCUGUGUAUUUACAAAUACUAUAAAAAGGAAUAUUUUUAUUUUAUGUACAUAUCGGAUAAAGUUCUUUAUUUGUUACAGCUAUGCACUGUAAAAUGCAGCCUUUUUUAAAAAUGAGGAGAAACUUUCUUAAUUCAGAAUGUCGAUCUGUAGUAAUUACAAUACUGUAAAACAUAUUGUACACCUACAUGAUGUUUAGAAGACAUGAUAUGAUUGUAAAAAAAAAAGAAAAAAGAUGUGUCCAAUUGCUCAUUUUGAGGGAGCAUGUGAACAAACGUCCUUUUUUAAGUUAUUUUGUUGGGGAAAAAGCAGUCAACCAUGUAUAGUUUUAUCUGUUUAUAAAGUUUCUCAAUCAGUGUUUUUGCUUAUACAACCAGUGUAAAAUGCAUUUUUAACGUGUUUUUCAUGAUUGUAAAAAAAAAGGUACCCCAUUUUUUUAUUAAUUAUUUCUGAAGCAAUCAGUGUAUAUAUAUACAUAUACAUAUAUAUAUAUAUAUAUAUAUAUAUAACUUGGUUUGAUUUCAUUGCUUUGUAUGGUUCUCGUUUUGAUUACCUUCAGUGAGAGACGAUACUGCAUUCAAAUCUUUUCAAUCAAUACAAACACAUAUUUAUCUAUUUAUUUUAAUAUUUGAAUCAAGAAUAUUUAUGAGCUCCAUUUUACAUGGCGCACCUUCAUGAAAUUUAUUUACUGUUUAUGUUGUCCUUUUGAUUUGUGUUAUUUAACUUACAAUCACUAGACAGGGUGUACAAUAAAUGGUUUGGUGGGGGAUAAUAUUACCUUCUAUGCCUUUCCAAAACAAUCAAAACAUUCAGCUAAUCACUCCAGCAGUCAGCCCCUCAUCAUUUUAAUGAUUUCUGUCUCCACUACCAGUCAGAUUUGCAGGUCACUGGUUUUUCUUUCCACACAGAAGCAGAACAUGAAGCAAUAAAAUGAUUUUGCAGGAAAUUUGUUGUACCACUGUAAACACUUGUUGUCAUCGCUCCACUCACGCUUGAUUAUGUGAAUGCCAAACAAAAGUUUACAAUUUCCUUUUCCUGAAUUUUUUAAAGAUCUUGUAUUUGAUGUAAUAUAUAUAUAAAUAUAUAUAUACAAUGAUGAUACUACUAAUAUUAUUCACAAUAAUUACAAGAUGAUUAAUAAAAAUAACAAUGAUAAUAAUAUAAAUGAAAGACAAAAAUAUAUAAAAAGCAAUAAAUUAUUUUUCAGAGUUGUAUUUUAGCUCCUAUUGUUGUGUGAUUUUUGGACUUGACCCAUUACCCAGUCGCUGGUAGCUAGGAUGACUCCAUUCCAGUAUCUUGGCAUUUCAUCACCGUGACAUUAUCCUGUGCGGUAAACACUUGAUUGUCCCCGCUCCCAACUCUCCUCCUCUUCCCUUUAAGAUGUAAUUGAGUCUAUGUGAUUGUAAUGCACGCAUUACUUUGUGACAUCUGUGCAAACGUGACUCUUAACUCCACCCUGUGUGUACAAUAUGUCGAGUUGAAACUGUUUGUUGUGUAGUGCAUGGCUAUUACAGGAUGACAGUUGGUAAAGUAUAUACCACUUUGGAUAUCUGCCUCUCAGCUGUCUUUAACUGGCAGAUUUUAAAUGACAUUCUAUAAGCCUAGAGAAAACUACUCAACGAUGUAUCGCAUGCCGCACCAUUUUCCAUCAGAC